AUGUCGGACAUCAACAGUGAAACGACGACGACGCCGAAGAAUGCCGAUACAGCAGCGAGCAACUCGUCGAAUGCUCAGCCGGAAACUGCCACCACCGUCCACCGAUCUCCGCAGAAGAGUCGGCAGAACCACAAUCACAAUCAUAAUCACAACACUAACCACCACGGCAAUCACAACAGCAAGAAUGUGAACAACAACAUCGGUGGUGGUGGUGGUGGUGGAGGUGGUGGUCGAAAGAGGCGGUACACGGUGGGCGUAGCUGAAUUGCACGGUAGGCCAGGCUACCCGAAGCGCACCCGUCGGAAGGACGACGACGAUCCAUUCGAGCCGCCGACGGUGUUCAAACUGGGCGGCAACAUCCACGACCCGCUCAACCUGAACGGCAUCGGCGCGAAUCCGGGCCAGACGACGCCCAUCUCAUCGCCCUUUCCCUCGCCCUUUCCCCUGCCGGCGGACAAGAGCAGCAGCAGGGAGAAUGCCAGUAAGGAGAAGGUCGAGGUGCUCAUUCCGCCGAACAUCUGCGACCCGCUCAAUCUCUCCUGUCCGAAUGCGCUGAACGAGUCGGACCUCAUUUCGCCGACCAACUUCAAGAGCGGCAACAACAGCAGCUACGGCAGACAGCGCAACAACAGCAACAGCAACAGCAACAAACGUCGUCGCACCUCUUCGGAGACGGAGGUAAUCAACGAGGGCGCCGGCAAGCAGCAGCGGUCGGGCAGCUUUCACGACAGCAAGCUGCUCUUCAGCCGAGAUGACUCUUUUCUGGGGCGUCGAAACACGACGGGGGCGGCGGCGGCAGCGGCGAUGAAUCGAGCCAAUCGAGAGAAGCUCAACGCAGAGCGGAAGAUCUCUCCGGUUGCUGCCACCACGGCGGCUGCUGCUGCUGCCUCAGCUGCUUCAGCUUCAAGUUCGGGUGGACAGGCUGGCAAGUCCUCGAACCACAGCAAGUCCUUUUCACGCAGCAACAGCAGCAGCCAAGGCGGCAGCACCAAUGCUGCCAAUCGAAAUCAAAAUCGAAAUCGGCAACAAGGCCCAUCGUCCACUGCGACCACUGAUCAUCAGUCUUCCACAAACACCCACACCUCCUCCUCCAGUGAAAAACCCUUACCGAAGAACAACAAGGAGCGCUUUCGCUUCGGCAACUACAACCGCUACUACGGCUACCGCAACAGCCAGCACUGUGAUAGGCGGCUGGAGCUGCUGCCACGGGAUCUCAUCCAGGGCAAGGACGUCCUCGACGUCGGCUGCAACAUUGGCCACGUGACGCUCACCCUGGCAAGGGACUACGGCCCUCGCCGAAUCGUCGGCGUCGACAUUGACCCGGGGCUGAUUGAGGUGGCGAAGAAGAACGUCCGCCACUACAUCACCGAGGCGGUGGUCCAGCGGGAGGGCAUGCCGCUUAGCAUGCCGCUGCUCUACGGCCCACUGGCCAACAUGCCCAAACAGGUGCAAGGAGAGGAAAAGGAAGAAAGUGGUGGCUUUCCGAACAACGUCUUCUUCUUUGCGCUGAACUACGUCCCGGAGAGUGACGCCCUGCUGGAGGUGCAGGAGGAGGAGUACGACGCCAUCAUCUGCCUCAGCCUCACCAAGUGGAUUCACCUCAACUGGGGCGACGCCGGCAUUCGCCGCCUCUUCCUGCGAGCCUUCCGCGCCCUCCGCCCGGGCGGCUGUCUCAUUCUCGAGCCGCAGCCGUGGUCGUCGUAUCAGAAGAAGGCCAAGCUGACGCCCCAGAUACAGAGCACCUACCGCUCGAUUCGCUUCCGCCCGGAGCAGUUCAAUGAGUACCUCCUGAAGGACGUUGGCUUCAAGAGCUGUGAGCUGCUCGGCACGCCCCAGAACACCUCCAAAGGAUUCCAACGGCCAAUAUACCUGUACAAAAAGCCUGCUGCACCCUUGAAGAGCGCUACCGCCGCCGUUUCAGCAUCAGCAUCUGCAACUGAUUUCCCCGCCCCCUCUUCCUCAUCAUCAUAA